AUGGACCGAUCCGAGAAUCUAGGCGAGGAGAAGCGCAAUGAGAGCAAGGAGCAAUGGCUCAGCGAAUGGGAAAGCGUAAUUCAUGAGUGUGACGAUGCUGGACUGCUUGGAUAUUCUGGUUACGAGGCUAGUCUCAAAUAUAUCAACGCGAUUGACCCGCUUCUGCCAGUCUACGCGAAGGUUAGGUAUGCGAAGCUCAAGCCAGAUGUUACCCCAAGCAUCUUGGAACAGAUAAACGCCUUCCGACUGAUGGGAGUCCGCAUCAGACGAAGAGAAGCAACCGAGCUCUGUAAACUUUUGAAGGCCAAUCCGACCAGUCAAAUUGCUCAAGUCACCAGCUGGAAGGCAGAUCCAAAGAUGGAGGCAAAGUUCGAGAAGGUUAAGAAGACGAGUGAGAACGUGGAACUGGCUAUCGAAAGAGCCGUUGAGCAAUCCAGUCAGGAGGCUGGAGCAGUCGGACAUUCCCCUGAUCAAUCAAACCGUCAGGAUCUACAGCCGUGGUAA